GCCCCCAGUGUACAUGGAGGGUCAGGAGGUAAAGGAAUCUCCAUCUCCAAGCAUGCUCAUGGAAGUGCUCACAGCAGCGGCCAUGGAAGCAAUUUUAGCCAUCAUGCUUUGUUUACCGUCAAUGGGAAGGAAACCAUGCAGCACCUGAAUGAUCGCUUGGCUUCCUAUUUGGACAAAGUCCGCUCUCUGGAGCAAGAGAAUGCCCAGCUUGAGAGAAAUAUCCAGGAGUGGUAUGAGAGGAAUCAGCCCAGCGCUUUACCCAACUUCAGCAGCUUCUUCAGGAUUAUUCAAGAGCUUCAAGGCCAGAUUUCCUCAACUUCUUUGGACAAUUCAAGGAUUAUAUUACAAAUAGACAAUGCUCGUCUGGCAGCAGAUGACUUCAGAAACAAGUAUGAAAUGGAACGCCAGCUGAGAUGUAGUGUUGAGGCUGAUGUGAAUGGACUUCGUAUACUCCUGGAAGAACUGAACCGGGACAUAUGUAAUCUGCAGGCACAAGUAGGAAACCUUCAGGAGGAACUGCAGCAAAUGAGGAGGAACCAUGAGGAGGAAGCCAAUGCUUUGCAAGCUCAGCUGGGUGCCAGGGUCAGUGUGGAAGUGGAUGCUGCUCCAUCGGCUGAUAUGAAUAGAGCCUUAUCUGAAAUUAGAGAGCAGUAUGAAAACCUAAUGGAACAGAAUCUGAGAGAGGUGGAAACUAUUUUCCGACAAAGGACUGAGGAACUGAAUCGUGAUGUUGCUUCUGGUUCUGAACAACUCCAAUCUGUACAGACCGAAAAUAUUGACUUGAAGCGCACCGUUCAAACCCUGGAGAUCGAACUGCAGAGCCAGCUGAGCAUGAAAUCUGCUAUGGAGAACACCUUGGCAGAGACAGAAGCUGCAUUUGGAGCCCAACUUGCCCAGUUACAAUGUUUGAUCAACAGUGUAGAGUCCCAGCUGGCACAGGUACGCUCUGACCUGGAACGUCAGAACCAGGAAUACAGGAUCCUAAUGGACCAAAAGACACACCUGGAGAUGGAGAUCGCCACCUAUAAGCGCCUAUUGGACGGUCAUGAUAUCCACACUUCAAGUCAUACAUUUCUAGGAGGCAGUGAUGGGAGAUGGCCUUCGGGAUCUUCUUCAUCUAGGCAAAACUUGGCAAGGGACAAGGUCCACCAAGAUCCAUACACAGUAGACACAUGUGAAAUUAUGCAAGGUUAUGGAUUAGUUAGGGACAUGCUCAUCUCUAUAGGGGCUAACUUCACCCUUGAAGCAUGGAUCCAAACUGGGAAUUCCUCAGUUAGGAUGGCUGUUCUUGUGACCGCCACCACUGUUGUAGGCUUUCCGUACAGCGGGUCCGGAGUUCGGUGCCAGUGGAGCGCCUUCACUAAUACCACAUCUCUGGGCUUAAAGGGAUAA